AUGACACUGCAUGGAACGUCGGUAUGGAUGUGUGUCGUCGUCUCCGUUUCGCUGAUCCAGCACAGAUCACACGCCACCACUGUAGCCGGCCUGUCAGUUGACCCUCCAGAAAACAUAAAGAUCACGGACCCCGGCCAUCUGGGCCAGCUGAAUAUCGAGUGGAACAGGCCGAGCAGCUUAGAGAACCUCACAGACUGUACGAUCCGCUACCAGCUCCGUUACUUUGACACGUACACGAAGAGAUGGAAGAGUGUCCGGACGCUCAGGCUCUUCUACACAGCCCAGUUUGACCUGGAGAAACCUGUCCAGGUGAGGAUGCUCACCUUGCUGAAAGGGGCGUGCACCAGUGGAACAGAGAUUCUGGGAGAUGAGGUGGAGGUUGUAAACACACCUGAACAUUCAGGUGUACCUGGCUCGAGAAUUAAGGACUUUGGAUGUGUUUAUUUUAAUAAGGAGUACAUGGAGUGUACAUGGGAGUCUGGAUCUGCUGAGGCUUCUGACUCAAAGCACUACCUCUAUUACUGGCACAGGGAAAUGCGGGGAACAGAAGAAUGUCCAGAGUACAUCCCAUCUCCCGAGAUUAGACGAGGCUGCAGAUUUCCAUCGGAGUCUUUGCUGGAGUUCUCAGACUUUAAUAUCUGUGUGAAUGGCUCAUCUGUGGCAGGAGCACUGAAGCCAGCUUUCUACUCUCUGGCGGUCCAAAACCAUGUCAAACCUGCACCAGUGUCUGAUCUUCAAGUCUUCCUUAAUGACACCAUGUUGCGGGCAGAGUGGGAACCACCCGCAGGUCCCGUGCCGGAUCAGUGUCUGGAAUAUCAGUUUGAAAGGGCCACAGUGAGCCAAGAUGGCAGCAAGCAACAGCAGACGUCUCUAACCGAGGAGACAAUUUUGAAGUUCCAUCAGGAACCUGAGAAUACUAGGAACUGCAUCCGGGUCAGAUCCAAAGUGAACGCUUAUUGUGCCGAUACAGGAUUCUGGAGCGAAUGGAGUCGAUCAAUGUGCGAUUCAGAGACUGGCCCAAAAAUGACUGAUUACAAGCCACUUUGGAAUGGUCUGCCACUGAUUCUGGCCUGCGGUGUGAUUGUGGUCUUCAUCUUCUGCCUGACACUGUGGAUAUUCAGUAAAAUGUGGAGGAACAGAAAGGAACAGAAGCAUGUACCUGUCACCCUGUACCAGGAGAAAGUCCAGAAGGUAUUCCCUUCAAUAUUCAGCCCUGUGAUCUAACACCUGUAUUCCUGUACAGUUGCACACAGACUGAAUGCUGUUACUUUUGGCUCUUCAUCAGUUCCAACCUCAUCUGUUUACAAAAUUGAACAAUUCCAGUCUGAAUACUGUUUAGCUGUAGAUGCACUACGGAAUGUUGUAGAAAUGUUGCACCUUCUAUUACAGAGACUGUCGUGGAUCUCUGUGUUAUACUAAAUGUCUUUGGCAGCAUAGCACUACCAAACAGUGUUUUUCUUCAGAAUGUAUCUUGUGUUUUUUUUUUUUUAAUUAAAAAUACUGAAAUACUGUACUGCUUUACUUAAGGUUACUCAUUACAUGCCAGAAUUCUUGCCAAAAAUUGCAGAUUUGUACAUUGUUUGUAUCUGAUCUUUUUAAAAGCCUUGUCACUUCAAUUUCUGAUAACUGUUUUAACCUGUCAUGUAUUAAUCGUAAUA